UUCUAUGUAUCGCGAGUUCGCGAGUGAACGUCGGGCCCAGGAACCAGGAUCCCCGGAAGCUGACGACGGGUGCUAGUCGGAUAUCCGGCCCCCGGGGACCCAGAUUCGGAAAGGUGGAGGAGUACGAAGGUUACGUCUGCACGCGAAACGGCAACGUGUCGAUACCGGAAGUGCCGGGUUCGAGAGUGUCGGAGGGCAGCGCGAAGCUAUCGUUGCAAUCGGGCGAAAACAAUCAUCGGGAAGAGAACAGCUGGUGGGCGGCGGAGGAGGGCGGAGGUCAGGAGAUAAGAGAGCGUGAUAAGGGCGCAGCGGUGGCGGGUGAGCUGGCUUGCCUCGCGGGUUACAUGGCGGGGUACUUGAAGGCGGCGGGCGCCACUUGCGCCCCGACCGGAAGUCCUCAGUACCACCCCCACAGUCAUCCAGCGAUGGGGGUUGGUACUCAUCCGCACCCACACUCUCAUCCGCACCCGGGUGCACCUCAUCCUGGACUGCCUUCGCCGUUCGCCCUCGCCACCCACGGUCAUCCGCAUCCUCAUCCCCUGGACCAUGGACUCGCGGCCUUCCCCCAAGGAAUGAAUCAGCGCAAACAGCGCAGAGAGAGGACAACCUUCACCAGGGCGCAAUUGGACGUGCUGGAGGGACUCUUUACCAAGACGAGGUACCCCGAUAUCUUCAUGAGGGAGGAGGUGGCGCUUAAGAUCAACCUGCCGGAGUCCAGAGUUCAGGUGUGGUUCAAGAACCGUCGCGCGAAAUGCAGGCAGCAGCUCCAGCAGCAACAGCAACAGCAACAGCAACAGCAGCAAACCUCCCCGUCGAAGGGGUCGCCCAGAUCGAAUCAGACUCAGAGCAACAGCAACAACGGCAACAAGAUGUCGACGAGCUCUACGGCGACGCCCAGCAGACGUUCUUCCCCGGUUUCCCCGCCUCGCGGCAAGGAGGCACCAGGUCCCAACUCGCCGUUGCUCUCGACGACGUCCACUUACCCGCGUCUCGGCGUAACGCCGACCGGAGGAAGCGGCGCGAACAGCGCCCUCACGACCCCGUCGCCCCCUUUGACACCCGGUUCCAGCCAGCUACCACCGUCGUCUUAUCCACCUCCCAUGAACCAGAUUCAUCACGGCGAGUAUGGUUUCACUUGGAGUUCAGCGUCGCCCGGCUCGGUGAACCCGAGCCAAUGUUACGCCGGGCAGACCUACAACGCUUACCAGAACCCGUACACCAGCGGCGAUUACUAUCAGACCCAGAUCUCCCACAUGCACCACAGCCCCCAAGGAAACUACCAUCAUCCCCAGUACCACCACAACAUGACUCUGACGUCGUCCAUGUCCCACUUGACCAGCCACCACUUGAACCCGACCGGCACGAACGACAUGGCCGCCUCGCCAGCCGACUCUGAGGGCUACAUCCUGCCCGACCAGAAGUACCAGACGAUGGUAUAGCGGUCCGGUAGGUCCUCCGGGAUAUACCAUCGCGGACAGGAGGCUUCCUCAGCAGCUGGCUCCUCCGCCGCCUACCACUGGCGCCUAAACUCCGCGGCGAGCUGUCUCGAGAUCAACGGGAACAUAGAUUCGGACGACAACUAAGAGGAUCUUGGGAACUCACGCGUCCUCCAUAUUGGUCCACCUUCGCGUUGGUCGCGGGCGCGAAGUAAGGACGAGGGAAAUCAACGACACGUGGAUUCGCGGUUCUGGUGGUCAAUGCAAACGUCGAUAAAGAUCGAAGUGGAUCCUUUUAUCAUCGUUUGCAGCGUGUCCGCCGGAAGUCGAGUCGGGAACGCGUGCGGAUAAUGGCGGACGUGGGAAUUGGUACGGUUUGCCUAUCAUUCGCGUCGCGUUCGUGGAAUCGGAAAUAUUUGGAUCGUUCACUGAGAAAUGAUUUGGUUCGAGUAUUUUUGGUGUCGUUGACGAUCAGGGAGGAAUAUCGUGUGGUUGUCGGGAUGAGUUCGUCGCUUUAACGAAAGACAAUCGACGGAGCAAGAUCGACGUUCCUUCUCCUCCAUUCCCGCGAGUUUUUUACGUUUACGAAUCCGACGAUCGACAUUUAUAUUUUGCGAGCAACCGACGAGCAAAGACGAUUUGUACAUUUCUCCGACGCGUCACGAGA